UCUUACAUAACUUAUUACUAAUAAAGGAUCAGUCCAACUUCAUCAGUUGAACUUAGCAUUUUCAGUGUGAUAUUUUAGAUAUUCAAUUCUCUAUUGCAAGAGGGAUUAGCAUGGCAGUUCAAGCAAUAUCUUCCACUUCCUUCAACUGUGAAUGGAAAUACGAUGUCUUCCUCAAUUUUAGAGGCAAAGAUACCCGUAAUGGUUUCACAGGUCACCUUUAUUUUGCUCUUUGUGAAAAUGGAAUCCGCACCUUCAUGGAUGAUGAAGAGCUUAGAAAAGGGGAUGAAAUUACACCAGCACUUUUCAAAGCAAUUGAACAGUCUAGGAUGGCCAUCGUUAUAUUCUCUAAUGACUAUGCAUCCUCCACGUUUUGCCUCAAUGAACUUGUCACGAUUCUACAAUUUAUUAAGGGAAACAGCCGGUUGGUUUUGCCAAUUUUUUAUGAUGUGGAACCUUUACACGUGCGGCAUCAAGAAGGGAAGUAUAGAGAAGCCCUGGCUAUGCAUGAGAGGAAGUUAAAAGAUAAUGUGGAUAAGUUGCAAAGAUGGAAGGCUGCAUUACAUGAAGCAGCCAAUAUAUCAAGUUUUCACCUCAGUGUUGGGUAA